CAGGUCUCGGGCCCUCAGGCGGAGCGGCGGGCGCCGGGACCCCAGGAGGAGCGACAGGUCUCGGGCCCUCAGGCGGAGCGGCGGGCGCCGGACCCCCAGGCGGAGCGACAGGUCUCGGGCCCUCAGGCGGAGCGGCGGGCGCCGGACCCCCAGGUGGAGCGACAGGUCUCGGGCCCUCAGGCGGAGCGGCGGGCGCCGGACCCCCAGGAGGAGCGACAGGUCUCGGGCCCUCAGCGGAGCGGAGUGGCAGGCGGGGCGGCGGGCGCCGGAUCCCCAGGCGGAGCGGCGGGCGCUGGACCCCCAAGCGGAGCAACAGGUCUUGGGCCCCCAGGCGGAGCGGCGGGCACCGAGUCACCAGGCACGACAGUGGGCUCCGAGUCAACUGGUAUGACCGCAGGCACUGGGUCAGACAUUGUAUGGUCUGGCUGGACAGCGGGCAUCGGGUCACCAGGCAUCAGGUCAUUUGGCUCG